AUGCAACAUAAUACUCGUGCCUUCCAUGAAGGCAAAGUCCUCGCGGCGACCAGUCCUCCCAUAAAGAGCAAUCAGCAAGCGCCGUCGGUGGUUGCGCCAGAUGAGACGGCUUACAUCCCCGUGGCGUUAGCGAGGUCCCACUUGGAGCGCGUGGUGCAAGACAUGCACGCUUUGAAAGCUGCCCACGAGGUCCAACUUGCAACAGUCGUUGAACGAUACAACAAGAUCGAGGCUUCGACCAAGGCACAUUACGAAGCAUUCGUGGGCGAGCUGAAGCGGUAG